UUGGGGGGGUUGCAAGAGUUGAUUUUUGUUAUGCUGCUUAGAGAUUUCACAGUGUAAUGUGCGUCUCCUGAGUUUCCUGCCUGCCUGCCUUCCUGCCUGAUCACUUUCCCUCCAGUGCCUGGAAAUCUGGCAUCUGGGAUAGCCUUGUUUUCUGUAAAGAUCUGGUGGAAGCCUGCUGAGGAAGAGCUUUCCUUUCCACCUCUGGACUCUCCUGUGCUUACAAAAUGUCUUGGCAACAAAGAAUCAAGGAGUGAAUCGUAUCGGCUACUGGCAGGGGAAACCCUGUCCCUUUGGGUUCACCUUUGGGCUCAGUCUUCUGCUUUAAAAUUACUACUAAGACAAUUUUCUGGAAAGUCUGGUGGAUCAAAAUAUAAAAUGAAUGGGACCUUAUUUAACCAGACGCUGGUGGAACAAGGAGUGUAUGCCAAUAGAUCCCAAGAUCUUGGCACAUUGAUCGGCUGCUGCAAUGGAACAGGGAUUGUGGUGGCCACUGAUGGGGAAGCAUCGGUACUGCUACCAGAUGAACGGAGCCUCUUUAUCACCCGAGUGGUCCAGAUUGCAGUUCUUUGUGUGCUGUCAUUGACUGUGGUCUUUGGGGUCUUCUUUUUAGGAUGUAAUUUGCUCAUGAAAUCAGAGAGCAUGAUCAACUUCUUCGUCAAAGACCGGCGGCCGUCCCAAGAUGUUGGCAUUGCGAUCAUGGGGCUGUAUUGAGGGGAGAGGCUGGGGUGUUUCUCUUUGAGUGACAAACAUGGGCAAAAUUCUGCCGCAAGGAAGGAAUUCUGCUUUGAAGUUGGAACAAGGGAUGCAAGGUGACUUCUCAUUGCUAGACAGUGAGCCAGAAGAGAGACUGAGAAAGAGAGGGAAGGGGAAAGAUUCAUCCAGUGUGCAGCCCUUGCCUGUAAAAAGCAAAAGUGAGAAAUAAAAAUUAAUGUAACCAAUUCUAUACAAAGUUAAAUUUCUGCCUGCAUGUAGGAAUGUUGUAGGUUUUGCACAAAUGCUCUAUCUAGGGGAGGGGGGAAGUGAAGAUAUUCAAUAAUUUUUUGCUGUCUCCCUUGGAUACCAGUGACGGACUACCCAGCAUUUCUUGCAGGAUCUAGAUGUUUGCAUCCAGGUGUGUAAGCCAAAUGCCUUCAGUCAUAUGUGAGACAAAGAUGCCUCAAAGUCAUUCAUGCUGUGUUAUUCCAUUAGCCCUCAGGCACAGAGACUUUGUGGAGGGGGGGGGCAGCAAAAACUUCUGUAAAGUGGCACAGGUGCAUUUGUAUUCUGUUCUCUUCCCAAUGAAAUGUUGUGCUUUGAGUGAGGCUGGACUUGAUUGCUCUUCCUAUUUGUAAAAGCCUUCAAACAACCCCCAUUGGCAUUAAAACGUAUUUUUAAAAUGUAUAUAGUGAACUUUUUAAAAUGCGAUGCGAUGUCGAUGUUAUUUUGAAAAACUGGAGGUGAGGUAGUAAAAAGUUAUGUUUGGA